AUGCACUUGCUGACUGGAGCCGACUGCUGGUGGGAGUACUCCCCUCCUGGAGGAAUGAAUGUGCAGUAUCCUUUCACUCCCGUAGAGGCGGCCGCGUCUAUUACCGGUAUCGCGCCGCUAAAUACUGAACACGUUUUCGAGAUACAUUCGCUAGGCGCCUUUAUCGAGCGCAUAGCUAAUCCUAACCCUCAAUCAGGUGGCCGGACCGACUGCGAUACCGUCACUGAAGCGUUCAACCAGAUAUUCCCUCUCGGUGCACCGGACGAUUUUGUGGGGUUCACCCCAAAUCAGCUCUUAGGCCGGGCCAUCACGGACAACAACAGACCUUGGGAAUUUAUUUUGAUCAAUUCCAAGAUGAAUGCCUGGAAGUCCAAAAUCAUGAGUAAGGAUACCGCACUAUACUUUGACCCUACGAAAGAUGUUCCAAGGACAGAUCCAAGCAACAGGAAGUGGCGCGAGGUUUGGGACGAACUCUUGUUCAAGAUCAUGGAGGUGCAGGCCACUAUGGACUAUUUGAAUCACGACACGACGGUUGAGAUUUUUGCCGCGACGAACCAGCGCGUGCGACGGGUUCUGUCUUUUAUGGACGCGAUGAGGGUUGGAAGCGCGGAAAACUCAAUAUUCGCUCGACCCAUGUCUGGUAAUCCCGACGCCUUAUGGGUCGACAUUUACGAUGAGUGGAUGGGCGGAUUUCUAACCACCGUUCACAACAAGAUGGUCAACUGGAUGACCGACGAAGCCCUCCCCAAUCUGGACACCGUCAUCCGGCGAGCAAUGAACCACGAAGACCCAUACGAAGCGCAGCAGGCGGCCACAUAUGCCCAGACUGUCCAGGACGCCAUCGGCCCAAACAGCGACCCGAAUAACAUUCUCCGCAGGCCCCUCGGCCUCGAUCUCGCCAAAUACUCAGCCGCAUUUCAGUUCAUGCAGGCGCAGGUAUGUGGGGAGGUUCGCUGGAAGCCCUACUUCAUAAGCACCAAGCGCGACGCAGACCCCCGCCCAGCCGGAAACGGAAACAGCACCUCCUGCUGUCCCAAAGAUCUCAAGUGCACAGCCCCUGGAUGCGGAAAUACCACAGACUACACCCCCGACGGCACCUGCGACGGCUUCUACCGCAACUGCCCCUGCGUCAAGGAAGAAGUACCGCCCGAACCUGUCUGCCGCGAGGACCUGCCAUGCUUCCUCUGCGACGGCAUGCUCAUCACCGGCGCCCUCAACGGCGACUGCUCCCCGGAGCACAAGAAAUACGGAAACUGCAGCUGCACCGCCUCGCGCAACAGCGAAGUGCUCUGCGUCUCGGUGCCGAUGUGCAAGGAAAAGUACUGCCGGGGCGGCAUGCUAGCGGGCGCGGCGCCGCUGUCUUCGCUGGCUAUGUGUCGGCGGGGUGACUGGUCGGGCUGCGAUUGCAAGCCUGAUGUUGGCAUUCCUGGGUGGUGUCCGGAAGAUCCGCUUGAUUGCGCGAGUUCGAAGUGCAAUGGGGAUGGGGAGUAUUGCACGGCGGAGAGCGCGAAGGGGUGUUACUGCAAGAACGAGGAUGACGGGGGUGGAAAUCCGCUGUGUGAUAUAUCGCCGUUUAGUUGGAUAUGUUUGCUUGGGAGGAGGUUGGCGUAG